CCGUCUCACGAUCCACAAGUUUCGGAUUAAACCCUUGUGGCCGAGGCUGCCCUUACUCACGGGACUUUUAGCGUACGACCGCGCGAAUCUCUUCUGUCCGAAAACCACUAACCGUUGCAUGUAAUUGUAUCUAUACAAUCAGCAUACAUAUGUAUAGGAGUGAAUUUGGACGGGGACACGUGACGAGAGUGCAAGUGACAAGAUUAACCAAGGAUUUCGAAGCGAAUCGAGAACAACAGCGGAGGAAGCGAGAAGGGUCAAGCAAGAGCGAGAGAGAGAGACAGAGAGAGAGAGAGGGAAAGAGAGGACUUCAGGCGUUCAGUUCUCGGCUCGAGCGAGGUAAACCCACCGCUUGAAGUGGGAGGUUCCCGCAGAGUGGUGAAACUUGGAGUUAGAAAUAACGAGUACUCGAGUCACCAGGAAGUUUGACGUGCAUAAAUCCUCGGGGAAUGCGAAUGCCGGAGGAGGAUGUCGUCGGGAGCGGCUUGGGGGUCGAGGCUGUUCCUCAUGCUCGUGACGACAACGUUCGUCAUCGCCAAUUACCAGCGUUCCCGCGAUAACUCGAGCUUCAGAAAUUACGAGCAAAUUGGGGGUGAUCACCGAACAAUUGUAAGCUCAUCCCGUAUACAGGAACAGAUUAACGUUCAGUUGCCACCUCUACGGGUGCCUCAUCUCAGACACCAUCACGUCACCCACUGGGGUCCUUACUUCGAGAAUGCUGAGGGUCAAUGGAUCAACGGAUCACAACACGUUGGCCUUCAUCUCGGAGCCACGGCGAUGCUCGACUGUCGAGUCGCGAUGCUAGACAAAAGAACGGUUAUGUGGGUGAGAAAAAUCGCCGAUCGACCGUCGCUCUUGACGCUUGGCAGAGAAGUUCACAUCACGGAUCCACGAUACAGCGUAAAUUUUCAGUAUCCGAAUAACUGGAGACUGGCUAUUUCUUCGGUGCAGAAAGAGGAUCGAGGACAAUACGUGUGUGAAGUUAAUACUCAUCCACCAACUAUGCUCGUCACCAACGUUACCGUGCUCGCACCGGACAUCAGAGUCGUCGAUGAAGCCAGCCAUGAGUUGCGUGAUCGUUAUUACAAGACAGGAAGCGCUAUUGAACUCGCCUGCAUCGUUAAGCCAGCUCAACCUGACUCGCAAGUGCCUCAUCCAACGUGGAAGAAGGCUGGUGAUCCGUUGCCCGAGCACGUUAAAGUUUAUCACAUUAAUGGUUCGAACGAUGAGUUGAUCACCGGCUUGCGCAUCGAUCGUGCCAAAAAGAUUGAUAGCGGCGAGUACACGUGCUCUCUUGGACAAUUCACCAGUACGAUCGUAUACAUUCACGUUCUUAAUGGUGAGAAGCAAGCGGCUGUUCAUCACGACCAAUGGAACGCCGCGAAAACGAAUUACGACGACGAGGCCCGUCGCGGCUUGUUCACUGUAUUAACUGUGAUUCAGCUCUUUCUGUAUGCGACUCACUCGUCGUACUCGACCAUCUACUCGUUGUGAAGAAUCGAGGAGAGAUUGUCAACAGCGGAGGGAAGCGCUCAUCGUCGCAUUAAAAUUCAUAGACGUGACGCAUCUUCUCGUUAUGCAAAUGUCGAUGUGACUCUUGUCGACGCAUCGCGUAUCCAUCAAGAUUUGUACAAUUGUUCUGUGAAAAUCGGUUAACUUGUUGGAGGAAAACACCUAUAGAGAAAAAGUACGAGUGAUACGAAAAAAGGCUUCGGCCCCGAUUCAUCUGGAGACUGGUUUGAAUCUCUCCCUUCAAACCAACUGCGAUUAAGAAUUCAUUCAUGAUCAACGUGCAUAAUAAAACAUUAUUUAUUAUUCACGUACAUUGUACUGUCACUUUGAAUUCGUUUUAUUACACGCCGAGUGAUGAUGAACCAUAAGUGUAAUAGAGAUUAACAUAACGUUUAUAAAAAUCGCUAUAUAUAAAUCAACGCAUCGAAACAUUCCUACGUAAUAGCGUGUCUGUAUAGUGAUCUGUAAAUACUAAUUAACACUAACUAUUAACGCUGUUAUUAUUGAUUAUUGUCGUCCGCAUUAAUCGAGAAGUCUCCUCAUGGGAUUCUUUUGUUGCACAACAUUUCGCCAACAGAGAAGAAACAAAACAAAUAUCGAUUUCUUUUUUUCUGUUCAAUAUUUUAUUUCACGUCGCAAUAUAAAUAUGUCUUCGGAAGAACCGUUUAAACGAAUAACGAUAUUACUUACAAUAAAUAUUGGUUAACCGCGAA